GUCGUUUGUAAAAUUGUCUUUAUCUCUCUAAAGAACACGCUCACUAUGGCUGCUGAAUAUCGUCCCUUGAACAGCGAUUCACGUGAUGACACAACCUCAAACAACAUUGGUCAUCGGUUGUCUCAUUCUUCGAUCGAUUUAUUGCCUCAACAAAAUCAAUUGUCAGAAGCCCAAUCACUUAUAACAACGAUUAAUGUUAGGGAGGAGUACGAACAGCAACAUGCAACAGCGACACCUUUUAGUUGUGUCAUCAAUCUAGCUAAUACCAUUCUAGGAACAGGCAUGCUUGCUAUGCCUUCUGCGAUGGCAUCAGUUGGUAUUGUACCUGGGUUUAUUUUGAUUUUAUUUUCAGCGUGUGCAUCCGGCACAGGAUUGUAUUUCCUAUCUCGUUGUGCAGCACGAACAGAGGGUCGAAAUGCUUCAUUUUUUGCUAUAUCUAAAUUAACAUGGCCAAAAGUAGCCGUAUUAUUUGACUUAGCUAUUGCGAUCAAAUGCUUUGGUGUUGCAGUAUCAUAUUUAAUCAUUAUUGGUGAUCUGAUGCCGCAAGUUAUUAUUUCACUUAGUGGCAGUCAUAUAGAUGAUGUUGCUUAUUUUUUGACAGACAGACGUUUUUGGAUUACCAUUUUUAUGAUUACCAUGGUACUACCAUUAAGUUUUUUAAGAAAGCUGGACUCUCUUAAAUACACCAGCUUGGUUGCUUUAGUUGCUGUUAUAUAUCUUUAUGUGAUUGUGGUGUACCACUAUUAUUCCCCAAAUUAUCCACCUCCACCAAAAGAUGAUAUAGAGCUUGCUAGAUUUUCCACAAGUAUUUUAGGUCAUUUGCCUGUGUUUGUAUUUGCAUUUACGUGCCACCAAAAUAUCUUUUCAGUUUACAAUGAAUUAAAAAACAACAGCAAGAAAUCAAUCACGAGGGUAAUAUCCACCUCCAUUGGCAGCUCAGCUUUCGUCUAUGAAGGAAUCGCCAUAUUCGGAUAUUUAAGUUUUGGCAAAGGCGUUAGAGGAAAUGUGAUUAUGGAAUAUCCCCCUAGUUACUUUGUGGCAGGAGGACGGCUUGCAAUUGUCAUCCUUGUUAUAUUCAGUUAUCCUCUUCAGGCACAUCCUUGUAGAGCCUCUCUCGACAAAGUUCUGGCUUGGGGUUAUCAUGGUUCCAGUGGAUUAAAAGUUCCGCCGCCACCAUCACCAUUCAAAUAUUAUGCCAUGACAACGUCGAUUUUAAUAUUAAGCUACAUUGCAGCAAUUACAGUUACAGAAUUAGACUUGGUUUUGUCCUUUGUUGGAUCAACUGGAUCAACAACAAUAUCGUUCAUAUUACCUGGGUUAUUUUAUUAUAAAAUUCAUGAAAAUGACCCAUGGAAACCUGGGAAAAUCAUUGCUGUUAUUUUAGCCUUAUAUGGAUUCUUUGUGAUGACAGUUUGUUUGACCUAUAACAUCACUCGCCUAACUAAUCCGGCCAUGGCAUAAAAAAAACGCUUUUUUAACUUAAAGAGGAUCAUGACAUAUUCAUGUCGACUGCAAAGCAAAAUUACCCUUAAUACAAUAGUAUAUAAUUGCUGCCAUACUAAUAACGAUAGUAAUAAAUAAUAAAAUAGAGUUGUGCGAUUGUAUGCUGAGGAGUAAAUUUUUUUCUUUUCAUUGUACUGCACACCAGGUUUAGACAAGUG